UUGUCGUAGGUGUAAGAACAAAAAUAAUUGUGUUUGCGAAUGAAAAAUAUUUUUAUACAUUAAUUAACAGGAUAAAUGUUUCAAUGAAACUAGUUUUUAAUUAGCUGUAAUCAUCGACAUUUCUCAUUAAUUCGUUUAAAAAUAAACUUUGAACAGUUUAGAAAGUGUUUUUCCGUGUUCGUUUGAUAAAUAAGCAUUGUAUUAAAAGAAAAUGAAUGGUACUAAAGAACAGACGUCGUCAAAGCAUCGAAAUGCGGACGUAGAAAAGGGGGACAUAACUCGCGGCGCUUCAAAGGGGCACGACGACGUCGUCGAGGAAAAAACGCAAAUAGUGACAGUCUUCCUACAACGGGUGGCAGUCAUGUUUCUUAUGUCCGGAUUAAUGACCGGUGGUGGUUUGUUAUGGUACUACGAGGGAUGGGAAUACUUCCUUAUUUACCUUUUCCCAGCGUUACUUUUAUUCCUAAUUAUAGUAAAACACGAUUGGUUUUACGUUGCCGCGUGUACAGCCAAAAGAGAUUUCACAGCUUUAUCGAGAUACAUAAAAACUCUUCGACAAAUCAGGAGAUAUGCAAGAAGAAAUAUGACAGUUGCGCAAAUUUUCUCUGAAAACGCUAAAAAGUGGCCUAACAGAGAAGCGGUUGUUUUCGAAGAUAGAUCAUUUACUUUCGGGCAGCUUGAAGAGUUCAGUAACAAAGUAGCGAACAUUUUUAAGAGUCAAGGCUACAAAAAAGGCGACGUAAUCGCUUUAUAUUUAGACAAUAAACCUGAAUACAUUGGUUUUUGGUUAGGAUUAUCUAAAAUUGGAUGUGUUAUACCGCUUAUUAACAGCAAUUUAAAACAGAAAUCUUUAUUGCAUUCUAUAACGGUUGCUAAAAGUGUUGCAUGUGUUUUUGGGGAUGAAUUAAAACCAGAACUCUUGGAAAUUUUUGAUGAAAUUAACAACAAAGUAGCUUUAUAUCAAUUUACUGAUCCAAAACAUGUAUCAUCAGAACAUAGUGAUCCAAGAUUUGAAAAUGUUAAUGAAUUAUUAAAGAAUGCAAGCUCGGCAGCUCCUGUUUUAGAUGGAACAGUCGGAAAUCAAGAUGGUUUAGUUUAUAUUUAUACUUCUGGCACAACCGGAUUACCAAAAGCCGCUGUUAUUACAAAUUCUAGAUACAUUUUUAUAACCGUAGCUAUUCAUUUUUUGGCUGGUUUUAAAGAUAAUGAUCGUUUUUAUACACCUUUACCCCUUUAUCAUACAGCAGGUGGUUGUAUGUCAACUGGUCAAAUGUUGAUUUAUGGAAGUACGUUGAUUACGAGAAAGAAAUUUUCCGCUUCCUCUUAUUUUCCAGAUUGUAAAAAAUACAAUGCAACGGUUGCUCAAUAUAUCGGGGAAAUGUGUCGUUACGUUCUAGCAACAACUCGUUCAGAAUCCGAUAAAGCCCAUAAAGUUCGUUUAAUAUACGGUAAUGGAUUAAGACCGCAAAUUUGGCCCGAAUUCGUAACCCGUUUUAAUAUUCCUCGCGUCGCCGAAUUUUACGGAGCAACAGAAGGAAAUGCUAAUAUUGUUAAUAUUGAUAAUACAGUUGGUGCGAUUGGAUUUAUAUCACGAAUUAUCCCCAAAAUCUAUCCAAUUUCGAUUAUCCGAUGUGAUCCAGCAACUGGGGAACCAAUCCGAGACAAAAAUGGGUUAUGUAUGCGUUGCAAACCUAACGAACCCGGCGUUUUUAUUGGAAAAAUCGUUCCAUCAAAUCCAUCCCGUGCAUUUUUGGGCUACGUCGAUAAAGAGGCUUCCAAAAAGAAAGUGGUACAUGAUGUUUUUACUAAAGGUGAUUCUGCAUUUUUAUCUGGCGAUAUUAUUAUGGCCGAUAAAUUCGGAAAUUUAUUCUUUAUGGAUCGUACGGGUGAUACAUUUAGAUGGAAAGGUGAAAAUGUUUCUACAUCGGAAGUUGAAGCUGUUGUUAGCAAUAUCGUUGAUUAUAAAGAUUGCGUUGUUUAUGGUGUUGAGAUUAUUGGGCAAGAGGGUCGAGCGGGAAUGGCUGCUAUUUUGGAUCCAGAAAAUACAAUCAAUUUGGAGAAAAUGGUUACCGAAUUACAAAAGAAUUUACCAGCUUAUGCUCGUCCAAUUUUCGUGCGUGUCUUAAAAACUGUUGAUAUGACAGGUACUUAUAAAUUAAAGAAAAAUGAUUUACAAAAAGAAGGAUUUGAUCCAAAUGUAAUAACAGAUCCGAUGUAUUAUUACGAAGCGUCUGUGAACAAAUUUAUAGAAUUAACGAACGAAAAAUAUGAUGGAAUAAAUUCUGGUGCGAUUAGAGUGUAGUUUUAAAUUAUUUUUAAUUACCAAUUUUUCUAUAUAGAAAAAUCGUAAUUGGUACUUAAUUAAAAUUGCGAAUUUCUUAAGAAAGGUUUAAAAAAAA